AUGGAGCAGCCCCCGCCCCCGGGACCUAGAGGGGCCCAAACCCCCGCGUGCCUAGGCCGAGCCGGGCGCGCAGCCCACGUGGGCUGGGGGACUGAGUAUCCGGCCCUCUGGCAGCCGCAACCGCGCACAGCUGGAGCUGGCUGGGAGGGCGGCUGGCCGGGACCCCGCGGGGAAGGAGGCUUCCUUCCCAGCCUCCAGCUGCCCGGAAAUCCCCCCAGCUCUCAAAAGACCAGCACCAUGGGGUCCUAGGGGAAGAAGGCGGGGAGGGAUGCGGGGAUGGGGAGGGCUGGCCGAGCCAGAGGUCCGAGACGCCCUCUUUCCGGCCGCGCGACUUCGAGAAAGCAGAAACGAGUCCUGCCCCGGGGAGUCCCACGGGAGCGGGGAUCUGGGAAGAGAAACUUGCGGACGACGAAGUUGAAGCCGUGAACCCGCCACCCCCGGGGCGUCCUCCGUCGGAGGAGGGUCCCUGGGUCGGGGCGGGGGCCACCGCUUGCCCCGCCCCUUGUCGCUGGACGUCCGAAGAUUGGGCCAUUUUCCUUGCCGCGCCCUUACUGCUUAUCCGGGUGCGCCCGGCCCGCCCCACCCAGUCCUCUGCACGAGCCGGGAGAGGAGGGGCAGCCGGCGCAGCGCCCCGGGACCCGGAGAGGCCGCCGCGGCAAAUCCGGACCUCCGCCGUUCCUGCGCCCUCUCAGCCGUCCUGGGAUUCCCGGGCCCACCCGAGCCGGCGGCUUGACCCGGGACCUCUUGUACCCUCCGCUGACUCCAUUGCGCGCUUCCCGGGACCCCCGGACACACCCAGCCCUCCAGUGCUUCCCUCCCUACUCCGCGCCGGGUGCCCCCGACCCUCUCCAAGCCCGGAUCUCCUCCCCCAGGUCCCCGGGGCGGCCCCGGCCAGGCCACCUUCGAGCCCCGCAGGCGGCCGGAGCUGAGGCGCGCCAUGCGGCUGCAGGUGCUGCGGUUGCGGCUGAGGCUCCGGCUCCUGGCGCUGCUGCUGCCGCUGCUGCUGCCGCCAGCGCGCGCCUCGAAGCCAUCGGCGCAGGACGUGAGCCUGGGCGUGGAGUGGCUGACGCGCUAUGGUUACCUGCCGCCACCCGACCCUGCCCAGGCCCAGCUGCAGAGCCCUGAGAAGCUGAGCGAUGCCAUCAAGGUCAUGCAGAGGUUCGCGGGGCUACCAGAGACUGGCCUGAUGGACCCAAGGACUGUGGCCACCAUGCGUAAGCCCCGCUGCUCCCUGCCUGACGUGCUGGGAGUGGCUGGGCUGGUCAGGCGGCGGCGCCGGUACGCUCUGAGCGGCAGCGUGUGGAAGAAGCGCACCCUGACAUGGAGGGUGCGUUCUUUCCCCCAGAGUUCCCAGCUGAGGCCAGAGACCGUGCGGGUCCUCAUGAACUAUGCCCUGAUGGCCUGGGGCAUGGAGACAGAUCUCAAAUUCCAUGAGGUGGAUUCCCCUCAGGGCCAGGAGCCUGACAUCCUCGUCGACUUUGCCAGUGCCUUCCACCAGGACAGCUACCCCUUCGAUGGGGUAGGGGGCACUCUAGCCCAUGCCUUCUUCCCCGGGGAGCACCCCAUCUCUGGGGACACUCACUUUGACGAUGAGGAGACCUGGACUUUUGGAUCGAAAGAUGGCGAGGGGACCGACCUGUUUGCCGUGGCUGUGCAUGAGUUUGGCCAUGCUCUGGGCCUGGGCCACUCCUCAGCCCCCAACUCCAUCAUGAGGCCCUUCUACCAGGGCCCAGUGGGUGACCCAGACAAGUACCGCCUGUCUCAGGAUGACCGCGACGGCCUGCAGCAGCUCUAUGGGAAGGCACCCCAAACCCCAUAUGACAAGCCCACAAGGAAACCCCUGGCUCCUCCCCAGCCCCCAGCCGCGCCCCCAGACAGCCCAUCCUCCCCCAUCCCUGAUCGAUGUGAGGGCAAUUUUGACGCCAUCGCCAACAUCCGAGGGGAGACUUUCUUCUUCAAAGGCCCCUGGUUCUGGCGUCUCCAGCCCUCGGGACAGCUGGUUUCCCCGCGGCCCGCGCGGCUGCACCGCUUUUGGGAGGGUCUGCCCGCCCAGGUGAAGGUAGUGCAGGCCGCCUACGCCCGGCACCGAGACGGCCGAAUCCUCCUCUUUAGCGGGCCCCAGUUUUGGGUGUUCCAGGACCGGCAGAUGGAGGGCGGGGCGCGGCCGCUCACCGAGCUGGGGCUGCCCUCGGGGGAGGAGGUGGACGCCGUGUUCUCGUGGCCCCAGAAUGGGAAGACCUACCUGGUCCGCGGCCGGCAGUACUGGCGCUACGACGAGGCGGCGGCGCGCCCGGACCCCGGCUACCCUCGUGACCUAAGCCUCUGGGAGGGCGCGCCCCCCUCCCCCGACGAUGUCACCGUCAGCAACACAGGUGACACCUAUUUCUUCAAGGGCGCCCACUACUGGCGCUUCCCCAUGGGCAACAUCAAGUCCGAGCCGAAUGCCCCGCAGCCCAUGGGGCCCGAGUGGCUGGGCUGCCCCGCCCCCAGUGCUGGACCCCGCGCCCCCAGACCCCCCAAAGCGACCCAGGAGUCCAGAGGCUGCGAUUGUCAGUGCGAGCUCAACCAGGCCUCAGGACCGCGGCCCGCGCCCCUCCUGCUGCUGCCGCUGCCCCUGCUGGUGGCAGGUGUCGCCUCCCGCUGACGGGCCCAUCCCGGCAGAACAGCGCCCUCCACGGCCGAGUCACCCGCCGCUGGACCCGGUCGGGAUCGUGAGGCGCCGCGGAGGCCCCGUGUCUGUUCCCGGGGACUGGGGCCUGCGCGCGGACGAAGCGAGGCGGAUCUCCCGCGGAGCGCGGGCGGCGGGGACUGACCGGCCUUGGCGCUGGGCUCCGCCCCCGCUGGGUCCCGCCAGGGGGCGCCCGCUCGCAGAGACCAAGCCUGGGUCACCGCUCCCGUCCUUCCUCCCCGAGGCCGCCAGGGGGCGGUCGGACUCUCCCGAGCCCGGGAGGGGCGGCAAGGAGGGCGUCACCCGAAGGGAACAGCUGUCCCCCGCCACGCGCUGCCUUCGUAGGACCAUCCUUUUCCGGGAAGGGUCAGCUUUUCUCCGAGCGCAGUCCCGGGACUCCCCGCAGCCCCGCCCCACCUGACCACUGCGCCUGGCGUUCCUGGAUCGUUAGAGGACACGCCUGACUGCUAAGCUGCUCUCUCUCCCACCAGCCCCUCUCCCACCCGCAGUUUCUCACCCCGUUCUGCUCCCACGACGCCCCCCUAUAGUCACUGGCACAUUGGUGGGGACCUGGGACUCAGAUCCGGACCCAGCCCAGAGAACAGCGUGGCUCCCAUCAACUCAACACUGGUGCAAAGACGGGGACCAACCCUGGCUCAGGCGCAGUCAGUGCCUCCUCAGCACUCCUGGGUGGCCCUAGUUCCAGAGUGAGGGGUGGGUGGAACCUGGGGCCACCUCGUUCACCCUGUCCUCACUCCCCGCAGAUAGAGGAUCUAAAUGAUUGCUUCUAGAACUCUUUUCUAGACUAUUCCCCAUCAGAAUCACUGGGAAAUUCACAUUUGGAGAUCCCACACCUCACCCUGAAUCCUCACUCAGGGUGGGGUCAGGAAACGCAUUUUGACUAGUUGGGGGCAUUGUGGGGGCCAGCCGCUGGCUGUCUCGUGGCAUUUCUGUGGCUCUGCGGUGUUCCCCCACCCCAGGACCAAUCUCUUCAUAUCUUCUCUGCAGAGCCACACUGACGGCCUGACCUCCAUGGGCAGAGUCACUAAGGGGCCACUUCCUAGGUUGCCAUCCAGCUUCAGUGGCCCCACAGUGCUUCCUGGAGCCAAGGCUGUGGGCAGCCACCGGGAAGGGUUGCCCCAGUUGCUCAUACAAACAGAUCAGCUUGAGGAUGGGCAGGAGGCUUUGGUCAGUUACCCGGGAAUUCUGGGCUGCUAGGAAACGAUUUGGGCCUCUGUCAGUUUCCUUCCCAUGUAUGAGGAGGUGGAAACUUGUAUUUUAGAAGCUUAUUCAUCCCACUCAGGACAAUAACAAUGAAUAGACAGGCCAGGCGCAGUGGCUCACGCCUGUAAUCCCAGCACUUUGGGAGGCCAAGGCUGGUAGAUCACAAGGUCAACAGACGGAGAUCAUGCAGGCCAAUAUGAUGAAACCCCAUCUCUACUAAAAAUACAAAAAUUAGCUAAAUGUGGUGGCACUGGCCUGUAGUCUCAGCUAUUCGGAAGGCUGAGGCAAGAGAAUUGCCUGAACCCGGGAGGCGGAGGUUGCAGCGAGCCGAGAUUGGGCCACUGCACUCCAGCCUGGUGACAGAACGAGACUCUGCCUAAAAAAAAAAAGAAUACACAGAAAUCCUUCUUCUGAGCAUGGAUGGACUUGGGGAGAAGUGUGGUGGUGGGAACUGGACCGACCUGAAUCUCUGCAUUGCAGAAGAAGGAAUCCAGGGUUGCUGGGGAAUCUAAAAAGGAAGAGCUGGGGAGCGCUCAGGGGCUCACGCCUGUAAUCCCAGCACUUUGGGGGGCCGAGGCAGGCAGAUCAUUUGAGGUCAGGAGUUUGAGACCAGCCUGGCCAACAUGGUGAAACCCUGUCUGCACUAAAAAUAUAUAUAUAUAAAAAAUUA